AUGACUUUAUGUCAACUCUUCUUGCAACCUGAUGCUGCUUAUGCUUGUAUAUCUGAAUUGGGAGAAUUGGGAAUUGUGCAAUUUCGUGAUCUGAAUCCAAAUGUAAAUUCUUUUCAACGUAAAUUUGUAAACGAAGUUCGACGAUGUGAAGAAAUGGAACGGAAACUUCGAUUUCUUGAAACGGAAAUAAAAAAAGAUGAAUUACCGAUUUAUGAUCCGGAAGAUAAUCCCGAUGCACCAAAACCUCGUGAAAUGAUCGAUCUUGAAGCAACAUUUGAAAAAUUGGAUCAUGAAUUAAAAGAAAUAAAUACAAAUGCUGAUGCACUUCUUAGAAAUUUCAAUGAAUUAACAGAAUUAAAACAUAAUUUACAAAUGACUCAAGGAUUUUUUGAUGAGGCUCAAGCUCAUCCAGUUGGUGUUUUGGAAGAUAUGGCUGGUGAACGAGAAAUUGAAUUAGGUGGACAAACAACAGCGACUGCUGGAAUGAAACUUGGAUUUAUAACCGGUGUUAUUCCACGUGAACGUAUGGUUACAUUUGAACGAAUGUUAUGGAGAGUUUGUCGAGGAAAUGUUUUUGUUAAACAAGCUGAUAUUCCUGAUUUAAUUGAAGAUCCUCUUACAGGUGAAAAAGUUCAUAAAACCGUAUUUGUUGUUUUUUUUCAAGGUGAACAAUUAAAAAAUCGUGUUCAAAAAAUUUGCGAAGGUUUUCGUGCAAAUAUAUAUCCAUGUCCAGAAAAUCCUCAUGAACGUCGUGAAUUAGCAAUGGGUGUUAUGACACGUUUAGAUGAUCUUACUGUUGUUCUUAGUCAAACUCAAGAUCAUCGUCAAAGAGUUUUAGCAGCAACAUCAAGAAAUCUUCGAACAUGGCAAAUUAAAGUUAAAAAAAUCAAAGCUAUUUAUCAUACAAUGAAUAUGUUUAAUAAUGAUGUUGCAAGAAAAUGUUUUAUUGCUGAAUGUUGGGCACCAGUUUCCGAACUUGAUCGAAUUCAAUUAGCACUUAGAAAAGGAUCUGAAGCAAGUGGUGGUGGAACAGUAUCAUCAGUAUUAAAUCGAAUGAUAACUCGUGAACAACCACCAACACAUCAUAAAUUAAAUAAAUUUACUCAAGGUUUUCAAAAUUUAGUUGAUGCAUAUGGUGUUGCAACGUAUAGAGAAAUAAAUCCAAUGCCAUUUGUAUUAAUAACAUUUCCAUUUUUAUUUGCUGUUAUGUUUGGUGAUGCUGGUCAUGGUCUUAUUGUAUCAGUAUUUGCACUUUGGAUGGUUAUUAAAGAACGUUCACUUAAAGAUAAAUGGAGAACACAAGAAGUUUGGACUAUUUUUUUUGGUGGAAGAUAUAUUAUUUUAUUAAUGGGCUUAUUUUCAAUAUACACUGGUCUUAUUUAUAAUGAUGUUUUUUCAAAAUCAUUAAAUAUAUUUGGAUCAUCAUGGAGAGUUAAAUUUGGAGAUGAAAUAUUAAAUAGAAGAGAUAUUGAUACAGUUCAAUUGGAACCAACUCCAUAUAAUUAUAGUGGAACUCGUGAAUAUCAACAAAUGUAUAGUGGUACACCAUAUCCAUUUGGUCUUGAUCCUAUUUGGCAAGUAUCAGAAAAUAAAAUAACAUUUACUAAUUCAGUUAAAAUGAAAUUUGCAAUUAUUAUUGGAAUAAUUCAAAUGGGUUUUGGAGUUUUUCUUAGUUUAUGGAAUCAUUUACAUUUUAAUCAUCGUUAUGCAAUAUAUCUUGAAUUUCUUCCUCAAAUUAUAUUUUUAGCAUGUAUUUUCUUUUAUUUAAUAAUAUUAAUUUUUUAUAAAUGGACACAUUUUGAUGGACUUGUUUCAACUCAAGCACCAUCAUUACUUAUUCAAUUAAUAAAUAUGAUAUUAUUAUCAUAUCCAACAGAACCUGAAAGUUCCAGAACAUUUUAUAGUGGUCAAAGAGGAGUUCAAACAGCUCUUAUUAUAUUUGCUGUUAUUUGUAUACCAUGGAUGCUUUUAGGAAAACCAAUUUAUAGAAUUAUUAUGAAUAAACGACGAGCUAAUUAUUCAACAGUAACAAAUCACACAGAAAAUGCUGAACAUGAAAUCGAUGAACAAACACAUGAAAACGAGUCGACGAAAAAGAGGGGCGUUGUGCUUGAUGUUGACCUACGGGAUACCGAUACAGAUGAUAUACUUGAUGAUGAUCAUUUACACCAACAACACCAUCAAACUGAAGUUGAAAUGAGUGAAGUAUGGGUUGAACAAGGUAUUCAUACAAUUGAAUAUUUUCUUGGUUGUAUAUCUCAUACAGCCUCAUAUUUACGUCUUUGGGCAUUAUCAUUAGCUCAUGCUCAAUUAAGUGAAGUAUUAUGGCAAAUGGUAUUACAUAUUGGAUUAUCAACAAAUGGUUAUGCUGGUUCAAUAUUAACAUUUUUAGUUUUUAUGCCAUGGUCAUGUUUAACUGUAUUUAUAUUACUUUUAAUGGAAGGACUUUCAGCUUUUCUUCAUGCACUUCGACUUCAUUGGGUUGAAUUUCAAUCAAAAUUUUAUAAAGGUGAAGGUUAUCCAUUUAUUCCAUUUUCUUUUCGUCUUUUAUUAGAUGAAGUUCCAAUUGAAGGAUAA